UAUUGAGACAUGGCUGGAGCGGGGCUUAUUGCAAUAAUCUCCCUUACAUCGAGCCUGGUUUAUGCGCAGACAGGCCUUGAGCUUUCGACCGGGAAACAUUGCAAGCGUGUCUCACAUGCUCGUAUCUUGAGCAACGGACGAGCAAGAGAGGGGGAGCUAGAAGACGAUUCGAUGAUUAUACGACGGAUGACAUAUGGCCGGCGGGUGGUUGGGUGUGUUUGUUUUACAUAUGGCUCGACUUGCAGACGCGGUUGAGAGACACGGCGCUUAUACGUGACUCGACGUGAAUACGCCCAAGUCUUGCAUAUCUGCUGUUUCACGGCGCUUCAAAACGAUACAGGUUAGGUGACAUGAGUAGUAAGUAUAUUCUCUGCUGUAUCGGACAAAUGGCCAUCAGAUUGUUGGCAUGAAGCUGCUCUGCUAUAUCAAUUAUACUCUCACGUAGCACAACAGAGUCGGAUACGCAGCGCUACACCGGCAGCACUAAUAAUAGGCGCGGCUACUCCAAGUUAAGAAAAGGCGAGAAUCACAGCAUGCAAUCCCCUCUUUUCUCGUCCGUGAUCACGGCAACAGCCCAUUUAUCCGAAUCAUCCAACCCGAGCUGACCCUCAGCCACGUCCGCUAUUCCUGUGGCGCAAGCCCCGACAUCCGGACCCUGAACUCCACCGCUGAU